GCAGCCAAAGCAUCUCCAUCCCCCGGCAGCUUCACCGACCCAGCAGGCACCGAGAGCGCAGUUUCUCUUCCGGCUCGAUGCCCAUGCAGAGGAGCCAGUGGGCGUGUGGCUGCUGUACUUUCCUCAACGCAGCCGGGGCCCCCCGCUGCUCCAUCUGUGAAGCCCCACGGCGAAGAUCCGACACCCGGUGGUUGUGGCCCGGGACCAGCAGGGAGCAAGGUCGUUGGUCCUGCCCGCGCUGUACUCUGGCCAACACGGCUGACAGCUUGGCCUGCUCUCUGUGUGGCUACAAGGGAGCGCUGGACGGACCCCGGGGGUCAUCUGAAGACUUGCCCCGGCCCCAGCGCUCCAGUAGCUGCUCCGGCCCUCUGAGGCCAUCAUCGGCUGAGCCGUGCAGGCAGCAAAAUAAAAAGCAGCCUGAAGAUGCAGAUAAAAACAGCCUGGUGUGGGAAUGUUUGAGGUGCACUCUGCAGAACACUCCUACCUCCAUGUCCUGCUCUGCUUGUGGCGGACCACGCAAACUGUCCCUCCCCCAAAUCCCCGUCGACGCCUUGCUCGUGCCUGAAGUCUGCGAUCAAACCGGAGUACAACAACCAGAACCUGCAGCACGGGCGCUAUCCCUGUCCAUCUCAACCCGAGGAGAGUGUUUACCAGUGGAAGCUUCAUAUCCGCACACAAGCUCCUCAGGGCUCAGUGACGCGUCUUCAGGUCAUAAUAAUCCUCUUCCCUGCAGUCGCAGAGAGGUGCCGCCUCCAGAAGGUGGCCUCAGUCCUUCUCCGUCAACGCUCGCCAUUUCACAUCUCUCUGCCCAGCCAGAGCUCCUACCCAGCCGACGGCUCAGCAUCCUGAAGGAGGAAAUGUCCCCGCUGUCGCCCGCACCAGACGCCUCCGCAUCGUUUCCGCCAUGCGUCGCCCCCGUCAACAGGACAGAGGAGUGGUCGUGCCUGGCUUGCACUCUCAUCAACAAGGUCAAAGCCAAACACUGCCUGGCCUGCCACACCCCUCAGCAGCAGGUCGCGCCGCUUAAACUAGCCAACCAGAGGAGAAAGGAGAGCAUGCUGGUGGAGGAGCUGCGACAGAGUGACGAAGGAGAGGCCAAAGAGCUGUGGGAGAACAUCGUCAGCUUCUGCAGAGAGAACAAAGAGACGUUUGUGGACGACAGCUUCCCUCCUGGUCCGAAGUCCGUAGGCUUCCCCGUGGACGACAGCGUCCAACAUCGCGUCAAGAAGUGGCUUCGUCCUCAAGAAAUCAACUGCUGCAACUUCAGAGAACGCACGGUGAAGUGGUCUGUCUUCCGCACGCUUCGCCCAUCUGACAUCCUGCAGGGACUUCUGGGUAACUGCUGGUUCCUGAGUGCCUUGGCUGUUCUGGCUGAACGACCCGAGCUGGUGGAGAAAGUGAUGGUGACUCGCUCGCUGUGUGCAGAAGGAGCCUAUCAGGUGCGUCUAUGCAAAGACGGCUCGUGGACCACAGUGCUGGUGGACGACAUGCUGCCGUGUGACGAGAACGGCCACCUCCUCUUCUCUCAGGCCCAGCGGAAGCAGCUUUGGGUGGCUCUGAUUGAAAAAGCUCUUGCCAAGCUCCACGGUUCCUACUUCUCUCUGCAGGCAGGCCGUGCUAUCGAGGGCCUGUCCACGCUGACCGGGGCCCCCUGCGAGUCACUGGCUCUCCAGGUCAGUGCCACCAACCCCAAGGAGGAGCCCAUCGACACUGACCUCAUCUGGGCCAAAAUGCUGAGCUCCAAAGAAGCAGGUUUCCUGAUGGGGGCAUCCUGUGGAGGUGGUAACAUGAAGGUGGAUGACAGUGAGUACGAGUCCCUGGGUUUACGGCCACGACACGCUUACUCUGUCCUCGAUGUGAGAGAUGUAGACGGUCACAGAUUACUGCAGCUGAGGAACCCGUGGGGUCGUUUCUCCUGGACUGGGUCCUGGGCGGACGACUGGCCAAACUGGCCUGCGCAUCUGAAGAGGGAGCUCUGCGCCCAGAGAGCCGAGGACGGCCUCUUCUGGAUGGACUUCUGGGAUUUCAUCAGGUACUUUGACUCAGUGGAUAUCUGUAAGAUUCAUUCAGACUGGCAGGAGGUUCGAGUAGCUGGUGUUUUCCCACGAGGAGCCGACGUCCCGGUGUCGGUGGUGUCCAUCACGGUGCUGGAGAGGACGGCUGUGGAGCUGGCUUUAUUCCAGCAGGGCAGCAGGCGAUGGGACACAGCGGAGAGCCACCUGUUGGAUUUGUGUGUGCUGGUGUUUCGGGUGUCCUACGACAGCUCAGGUACCCCGGCGCUGGGUCGCCUGCUGGCUCACAGCCGGCGCUCGGUGAGGAGGUUUGUGGGCUGCGACGUCAUGCUGGAGCCGGGCGAAUACGCUGUGCUCUGCUGCGCCUUCAACCACUGGCACAGCAGCGGCACAGAGGGGACAACGGGCUGCGGCAGAUCAGAGUUGCCGGGUUACAUGCUGGCAGUCUACAGCUCCAGACUGGUGAUGGUGGAGCAGGUAACGGCCUCCAACACCACCAUCGCCGACGCCAUCAUCCAACUGGCAGAAACUAAAGGAGAGAGACACGAGGGUCGAGAGGGGAUGACGUGUUACUACCUCACCCACGGCUGGGCGGGGCUUAUCGUCAUGGUGGAAAACAGACACCCGAGGCAUCACCUGCAUGUGUCGUGUGACUGCAGCGACAGCUUCAACGUGGUGUCGACGCGCAGCAGCCUCAAAGCCAUCGACAGCAUCCCUCCUCUGCACAGACAGGUGCUUGUGGUUUUGUCUCAGCUGGAGGGAAACGCCGGAUUCUCCAUCACACACAGGCUGGCUCACCGUAAGGCCGUCCAGGCUUCUCUGGGAAACUGGAGUCCCUCUAAGACGACACACAGUCCGGCUCUGAGCCCAGAGACAGCAGGUCUGCAUCAGCCUCGACCCCUCUGACCGUACAGGAACUGGGAGGAAUCAGAUUAAAGAUCUGUUUCAUACACGAGACACCAGAUCUCAUCACGGAGGCAGCUUCUGUAAAGAACAGCCCAGCACUUUAGAGAGGUUUCCCCCUGUCUGUUGCU